UUAAAAGUGAAUCUGCUUUAAAUGCUUUGCUUUUAUUAAAAUAAGAGACUAUGAAGUAGAUGAGCGUGCAAAAAAAUUUUUUAGAUUUACUUGGAUCUUUUCAUCAUACUGGUUUAGAAUUGAUACAAGGGACUCACCAGCCUCUCUGACCGGAAUUUAAUUUCCACCUGGUACUGAUCAGAUUCUCUGUUAAACUCUGAUUCACUUUAUACUUCUGUUAUAUCAGAAAGGCAACAAAGGCACACAUUACCAAAUUAUUAGCUGCAGUUUGUCGUACCCAACCAUUUUGUCUACCACUUAGAGAAGGGAAGCCUUCUUUAACUUCAGGUUAUGGCCACUAGAGGUCUUUUACUUUCAUAUGUUAGCUGCUGUUCAGUUUGUACUGCCUUUUUUUUUUUUAUUUAUUUAUUCCUACGUGAGCAGACCCAGCACACUUCUUGCAUAUAAACAGUGAAAAUUACAAUAUAAAGGACCUAUUAUACCUUCUUUUGGAGUAACAUUAGUGCUAGUGAGAGGCUUGCCUACUUUUUAAGGCUAAGAAGACACAUUUUCUGCAGGUAAACCAAAAGCUUUCAGAUACAUCAUCUGGAAGUGGCAAAAAUUUAGAGUGAAUCAGGAAGUUUAAAGUGCUGAUGGUCAAAAGGACAAGGAGACAUUUCCUGUUAUUCUGCAUUUGGUGGUUAUUCGGUCUGGACCACUCUUCUGAUGCCAAAGUAUUUACAGAACUUCCCAAAUGAAACAGUCCCUUGGAUAUGAUUGGCCUUGUAUUUGCAUGAACUGAAGUAAAAAUGACACAUCAAUAACUUCUCUCACUGAAACCCACUGGAUGCUGUAUUUUUGCCUUGUCAGAAGUGGUUACAUUUUGCGUAACUGUUUGGGAAGAUUAGUUUCAUUUGCAACAUUAAAAAGAUGGCUGAAGAAGAAAAGCUCUCUAUAAAGAAAGCAAUUCAGUUUGGUAUUAAUGGAUAUAUUCCAUCAGUAAAACUAUUUGUGAGAAAUGAAAAUGCCUCCAAAAGUUAUUAUGCUUGUUGUUUAGACAACACGCAAAUAAAACAUAUGUGACUUGUCCAUCAUUAAAAAAGCUGCAUCACUAAUGGAGAGCUGUCAAAUAAAAGCCAUCAGGAAAACCAUAGACUCAACCUUACCUUUAAAUUAGUUAACUGUAAGCAUAAGGGCCUGUUGCAAUUUUGUAAUAAGAAGAUGGUGUCAACCUCAGAACAAAAGGAUUUCUGCAUUUCCUAGCUACAAGAAAUCUUUCCUUAAAUUUGAUAUUUAAUUUCUUUAUCUUAGUGUUUGGUCUAAUCAGCAAUUAAAUUUGAAAGAACAUCCCUAAAGAGAGCAUGUCAGUCAAAAGUAUACAUAAUAAUAACAAGACGAAUGAAAAGCUUAGCUUCUUCAGGGAUAAGGUAUUCAUUUGCAUCUUAGGAACAAUCUUAACAUACAGUUUAAAUGACAAAUGAAAUGGGUCGCAAAGAAACACGUUACUUACAGACUUUAAAUUGUGAUUCAAUGGCUCAGCAAAACAUGAAAAUGCGCCCAGUGCUAUUGAAAAGGAACAGUCUGGAUUCAGCUGAUUUUAUGAGACAGCCACAUCACCGCAGGACCAAAUCUCAGCAAGUUCGAUUCAAGGAUGAUGGUGUGAACACAAAGACAGAACUGGAUACUAAUCCUGCCCAAGAUAUAGCAUUCACAACUGGAAAACCAGAAAUAUUUAGGGAUCACAAUCUUUUGCUACAUCAAUCUCCAUCUUUUCCAAGGGCUCAGAAGGGGCUUCGGAAUAUUGCCAUACAAACAUCUCCUAGCCUCAGGAAACACUUCCCAGUUUUUAAAAAGAAAAAGCUGACAGUAAGCAAGUCAUUAACAGAAAUGCCAACGGAGCCUGCAAAUUCUAUCCAAGUAAAUGGCAAUCUUUCUGAACGAGACACUAUGUCUUCAGAUCUCUGUUACUUAAGAAUAACUAAUGAUUUGGAAGAUGGAUUUAGAAAUAGUGAGGUGGACCAUCAGUUAAGUCAAAGACCAUCAAAACCACAAAGCAAUAGACCUAUCCACUCAGAUGAUCUCUCAGUAUCAGAGAAGACAACUGUUUCUACACAGGUGCCUGAAUACAUACAUGUGAGUUUUCCACAAGACAGCAAUGUUUCCAUGGAUGCACCAGACACAACCAUGAAUUUAAGUAAUUCACUGCAUUCUUCUACUGUCAUAAAUAGCAAUGAAAAUAAUGAAAGCAGCACACUGUCAUCUAAUUCUGAAAAAACAUACCCUUGCCUAAGCAAUUCUGCUAACUGCAGUGAAUGUAAUCCUCACUCUGACUCUUGUGAAGCAGAUGAAAGUGAUCCCGAGUCGCUUGCAGCCAGCAAAGAUGCAAGCAGUAAGGAAACUACUCCAUUAUCACCUCCAUCAAAUCACAGUUCAUCUCUUUGUUUCCUCAGAGACUAUCAACAGGCAGGAGAGCACAAAACAGAUUCCAGCUGUGUGACAUUAACAAAUGAUGAUCACACAAUAAUGUCAAUCACCAGCAGUAAUGCAUCAAAAUCUAUUUUGUCAUGUAAUACAGAAGUCAAGAAAAAUUCUACCCAGUCAGAUGUUUCCCAGUGUAACAGCUGUUUAGAAGGAUUUCACAUAAAGUCUUAUCUGCCAAGGAAUGAAAUAAAACCACAAACCACCAAAGAGAUUAGUGAAAUAAAUCAAAUUUGUUUGGCACAUGGUGAACUCUGUGCCCUACAAGGCAGGCUGCAGUCUGUAGAGGAAUCCUUGCAGUCGAACCAGGAGAAGAUUAAAGUACUUUUGAAUGUAAUCCAAGACCUGGAAAAAUCCAGAGCCCUCAGUGAAGGGCGUAACUUCUAUCACACUGGUCAAGACCUCAACAACUGCAGCACCUGUCAGAACACCGCAUGUAUCAUUUACAGUGUAGAAUAUGACUUCAGACAACAAGAAGGAAGAUUUCAUCAGAUUUUGAAAACGCUGGAUAAAGCAGAACAAAAUCCAGCUUCACCGCAGAAGCUACCAUCUGAUCAUCCAGCUCUCGACAAAAAGGAGUUAAGAAGAAAAACAAAAAAGGUGAAAAGAAAAUGCUUCUGGUGGAUUUGACUUCCUUAUGGAUCCUUUUACAUUUCAAAAGACACUAGAACAGAAAAAGGCUUGAGAGCACACACUUGAAAAUGUGCUAUUAUGAAAUCACAAAGUUAAAGAAUGUUUAGAGUAUCUGAAAAUCAAAAGAAUGGAAUUUACUUAAAUCGUCUCACUGAAUAAAGGCGCAUGAAGAUACUAUUUUCAAAAAGAAAUUGUUUCUUUCAAAAGGAAGCUUUCUCAUUUUUUCCAAGGACACUUUCAUAUGCUUUGUAAAGACUUUUUUUUCCAACUUUCCAAAAAUAACAAGGUUUAAAUCUCUACUUUAAAAAACAAUGAUAGACAAAGCUAAGGGUGUCACACAGUCUUCAUUUCCUAUUUAUGAGCAACAUGGACUAAAAGGAAGUAACUUCAUUCAUCUUUAAACAAACCACAUAAUCGAGAACAAAUUCAGGGGAAUCUACAUUGUUCAAACAAAUGUCUCCUUUGAGGAGACAAUUACCAUUAUUUCACAUACCUGCUGAAAUAUUUUUGUUGCUGUCAUUUAACAACAAAAAAAGAAUUUCAGGUUAAGUUUUACUCUGUCCUUUUAUUGGUUCAAUUAAAAAAGCAACCAUUUAGAAGUUUCAGCCAUUUAAUAGACUUCUCUGAAAAGAAUCAUGAAACAAGAGAAUAUCUCGCUAAUUUGUCUUAACCCCCUACUCAAGCAAGGUCCAAUUAGCUGAAUUUGAGUUUUGAAUAUCUCCAAAGACAAGAAUCCAUAACCCCCUGGGGCAAGCUGUUCCAAAUUUUUUCCUAACAUCUUAUCUGAAUUGCCUAUGUUCUAACUUGUGUCCAUUAAAUUUGGCUGUAUCCAAACACACCUUCAAGAAGAAUUACACAGAUCAUAAGAUGCCUCUCCUAAGCCUUCACUUCUUAAAGACUGAACAAAUCCAAUUUUCACUGCCUCUCUUCACAUGGUAUGUGCUGCAGCCCACAAUCAUCUCGGUGGUCUCCCUCCAGUAAGCUCAUGUCAUUCACCUACCUGGAAGCCUAAAACUGGACACAAUGCCUCAGAUGUCAUCACACAAUUGCUGAAUAGAGGGGAAUAACCACUUUGGCUACUGUCUUGGUAAACCACUUGCCCAAUUUGUCCAUUCAAGAUGUGUAUCACUAUGCCAAAAUAUCCCAAGAUGUGGGGUUUUGGCCUUAAGAUAUAUGUAAAUUUAUAAAUGAUACAAAAUUGAUCAUUAAAAAUAAUAUUCAGUGAACUUAUCUGUAUCAUGUAAAAAAAUUACAUAUGCUGAAAAGAUUUUAUCAGAUGUCAAUGCAGCUAUUUCUUUCCUUCAAAAACAGUCAAGGUAACAGCUAGCACAGGGUAUGCCAAUUUAACCUAAUUUAGGGUUGAUGAUACUAUUAUUUUGCUCAUGAAAACAUGGCCACCUUUCAUAUGGGAGGCAGAGGGGAAAAGGUUUUCUAAAGCAAGUUUAAAGGGCACACUGUAAAGCCCGAAUAAUGUAGUUUAUGUUUAGUGGAAUGUACUGCAGACCUUUUCUUAGAAGUAACUCUGAUUAAUUAGUUCAAAUGGUGCCAGGGUAUUCAGUAGAUUAACCCUUGGAUCCUGUUUUUCCAAAUCAUACUUCAUUAAUUGUGCAAUGUUAGUUAAAAAUGUCUAUACACUCUUCGUACACUUCUGUGUUCCCUGAAUUCUUAGGGUUAACUACACAUUUGAAAACACAUUAUAAACAACUUUGCACAGGAGAAUUUGGUCUGGAAGAACUAAGUUUUUUGAUAGAACUAAUCUUCAUUUAGAAGAGAGUAAGCUAUGUGAUAUGGCUUAGUUUAUCAAAAUUCUAAAGGACUGACAGUUUCAAAAAACAUAUCCAUAUUAAAUUCAGUCAGUACAGAAAUGACAGACACAAAAUUAUCAUUAUUUUAGAGGCCUUUCAGAAGAAAAGCCUUAUAUGAAUUCUUACUAGCAAAAAGGAUGCCUUUAGUGUGACAGAAAGGCUCCUCAGUAAUAUUUUGUGGGUAUAACGAUUCUAAGAAUUAAAUUAUUACAUCAGAACACAUCAUUAUAUUACACUCAGAUACCUAUACUGCUUAUGUUGGUAUGCCAACAGCGUUCAUGUUUUGCACUAGUCUCUAUAAUUGAUAAAAUGAAGGAUUUAUUAGUGUAUAAAUGUUUCUUGUGUAUUAAAAUAACAUUUUAAGAUUAAUAUCCUCUGUAGUAAAGGUACAAUAAUAAGCAAUGCCAACAGGUGUAACACUAGCAAAACCAGUAAGUUUUUUUCUGUAGUGAACUGUUUGUUAUUAUAUGAAAGCAAUCUUUUUGUCUUUUUGUUAGUAAGCAAAAAAAAGCCCACUUUAAGCUGUCUGAUUUUGGUUUUGCAUAUAUAAGGAAUAUGAUGCCUUCAAUACAUUUCCAAAGGAUCCAGAUUAUUCAAUUUAAACAAACCACAGUAUUUUGGUUCACCACAUAGCACCAAUCAAUUCCUGGGGUCAGUAAAACUAUGCAAGAACAGAAAUACUCUAUUUAGUUUAAGAAAGUCCAACCAAAGAUAGUUAUAAGUAAGGCUCUAAGUCUUUCUUAUGACCUGAACAAAAAUCAAUACUUCUGAAAAACUGAAAUAUACUGAUUUAAAUGGUUACAAGUUUUAUAUUUUCAUGUCUGAUCUUGAUGGAAUUCAGUACUGUAGACAAUUUUUAAUCCUUAAUCUCCCAGUCAAAAUUAGCCUUUGUUUCCAUAUGCCUCAGUCGGUUGUUUUUCAAUUCUCUCUCAAUCAGUAAAGUAUGGAUUAUCCAUAUAUGAUUAUGAAAUUCUCUUCUUAACAUAUGCACACACAGCAGUAUGGAAACACUUAAGGUAUGUAGGCCAGCCAACCCUCAGCUCCCAAUGCUGCAAUUUAAGAACACUGACUUGCCUUUCUGCCUACCUGUCUGUUUUCAAAUUCACCCCCUUCAAGACAUCUGUUUUCCUUGAAAGAAAACAUGAAAUUACAGUGCUGCUAAAGCACUGUCCUUCGGAAAGGUUGCUCCUAGAGUUCUCUGCUUCAGGACUUCAGUACAAUAAAUGAGAUUUUUUUUUUGAGUAAGCAGGAGUAGCAACAGCCAACCAAGUUCUAGAAUAUUUAAGAUCCAAACAAAAGGCUUAUCUGAAACACAGACAGAACUCCCUCAAUUCUUCUUGCAGAGGCUCUGACUACCAUGAACAAAAAACAUGCAAUAGCUUAAUGGAAAAUAAAGUAUGCCAGAAGUAAAUUAUUCCUACAAAAGAAUAAGCAUCAUAUUUUCACAAUGAAACCACACCUACUAAAUGCAUGAAGUUAUUAUACCCAGUAUUCUCCACAGUAUGUCACACACAAUAGGCUUUCUACACAAAACUUUAAAGACAAUGUUGGAGCAAAAGGCUAUUUGUUACGUUAAAAGGUAACAAUGAGAAAGUGUCAGUCAUGGUAUGCAUAAGCCACAGCAAGAGGCUAAGACUGCUUAGUUGCUAUAUGUUUUGUUUAGAUUUAACAUAGACAUUUGUAUAUCCUAGCAACACAGAAUACCUGAAAUUUAAUAGCUUUGUAACACGUAAUUGGACAAUCUAAGCUAUAUGAAAAUGUAAUAUGUAAGCAUUGCUUUUUGGUUUAUUGUUUAAUAUUAAUUUAUUAUUAAUAUUUUAAAAUAUUUUAGUAAUUAAUUAUUAAUUCAUACAGGAAAUUUAAAAAUUGCCAGAUACACACUAUGCAAUUUGUGAUGUCAAGAUUGGAAAAACAAUAGAAAUUGGUAGAUUGUUAGAAGAUAAUAGUACUGGCUAUAAAAAUUUCUCUGAUUUAGAAGAUUACUGUGUAAUGCCUAAAACCAGCUCCCAGAGUAGGAAAUAAAUGUUAGAAAUCCACACAAACACGCUCUUAAAUGAAAUUUUUAAAACCCACAAAAACCCACAAACCAACAAUAAAAAGAACCCCAAAAUCACAGCUACUUGACAGCACUUGCAUUCAAAAUAUUGUAGGCUUCUCUGAAAGACAUAUUUAAAUGACAACUACAAUAUGCUAUUUAUAAAACAUUGCACAAAACAUGGCAUAUUCCAAAAUUACUGUAUGUGAAAUUGCUGUUUUAGAGAGUCAACCUAACUUUCUUUAAAAAUUCAGAAUGUAUGAAUAAAAUACUGAUUUCUCUCUGUCAUGUAACAGCAGUUCAUGUAGGGCUUUUAAUAGUUUUGUGUACUAUAGCUCCUUUGAAAAAGCCACAAUACUUAGUAAUUAUGCUAGCUUAGAUAAAAAACAUCUUCCUAAUGAAAUGUAUUAUCUAAUGUAUGUUUUGUAAGUUUCUAGGUUCUUUAAAUGUGAUAUUAUCUUUUGCAAUAAAAUGAGGUAUUUUUCUUAGGUUUCAGGAGUCAAUUAAUAAACAACAAUUAGAUUACAAAGGAAGUGAACAAUUGUUCUUUGGCAAAGGAAAAUGAAUGGGAAAUGAAUACAUAGGUCUUUCAUGGAAUCAUUUUGCAGCUUUUCUAGGUAGAGAAAGGAUUUCAAUUUGAAUUUGUAUACUGAAUAAAAAAAGCUGUAACUUUUA